AUGGAGCCAGGAGAAGAGAACAGGUUUCUUGCUGUAGAGGAGGGACAUGGCUACUCCCAUUGUAGAAGAACAGACGAGAGUAAUGAAGUUGUCAACAUGAUACCGAACACCAAUUUGUAUGGCGUUCACCCCUUCUACCUGAAUAUGGAGGAUGACAACAAUGCCCAUGGUGUGUUCCUUCUGAAUAGCAAUGCAAUGCAAAUUGACUUCCAGCCUCAGCCUUCCAUCACGUACCGUACGAUGGGAGGAGUCCUAGAUUUCUACGUGUUUACCGGACCCACACCAAAUGCCGUUGUCCAGCAGUAUACGGAACUGAUUGGUCGACCCUUCAUGCCCCCUUAUUGGUCUCUUGGAUUUCACCUCUGUCGUUGGGGUUACAAUAAUUCUGCUACUAUGAAAACCGUCAUCAAAAGAAUGAGAGAUUCCAAAAUACCAUAUGAUGUCCAGUGGAAUGAUAUUGAUUCAAUGGAGAAGAAGCUGGACUGGACCUAUGACCACAACCUGUUUGCUGAUUUACCAGAGAUCGUGAAAGACCUCCACGCCCAUGGCCAACAUUACAUAAUGAUUGUGGAUGGUGCAAUUAGCAGUCAGCAACCAAAGGGAACAUAUCCUCCUUAUGAUAAUGGUCUCGUUGAUGGAGUUUUCAUAAUAGACCCUGAAGAUGGCAAACCUUUGGUUGGUCAAGUAUGGCCAGGUGAUACAGUAUUCCCAGACUUCUUUCAUCCAAAAGCUUUUUCGUAUUGGUACAAAGUGGCAGCUGACUUCCACAAACUGAUUCCUUAUGAUGGCAUUUGGGCAGAUAUGAACGAACCUUCUAAUUUUGUGGCCGGUUCUGAAGAUGGCUGUCUUUACAAUAACCUUAAUUAUCCCCCUUUUAAUUCACCAGCAAUCCUUGGUUCUAAACUCUAUGAAAAGACUAUCUGUCCAUCUGCUGCUCACAACAUCUCCUCACACUACAACCUGCACAAUCUCUAUGGUUACAGCCACACCAAAAUAUCUGACAUGGUUCUUCGGAAGCUUCUCAAGAAAAGAAGUCUAGUCAUCAGUCGGUCAACAUAUGCAGGAACUGGUGUCUACGGUGGACAUUGGUCUGGUGACAAUCAUGCCGCAUGGGAAGACAUGUACUAUUCAAUACCAGAAAUGCUAAACUUCCAAUUAUUUGGUAUGCCAAUGAUUGGCGCUGACAUCUGUGGUUUCUUGGAUCCCACCACAACAGAACUGUGCGUACGAUGGACCCAGAUUGGAGCAUUUUACCCUUUUAUGAGGAAUCACAAUGGAUGGAAUUUUCCAGCCCAAGACCCAGCUGUAUUCGACGCCCGUGCUCAAAGUGCUAUGAGGAAGGUAUUACUAACACGCUAUAGUCUACUGCCUUAUCUCUACACCCUUCUUCACUACAGCCAUCAAGAUGGCUCUGCAGUUGUUUGGCCCUUGUUCUUCAUAGAACCCAAUGAAGAGACCUUCAAGAUUGAUCGACAGUUUUUGUGGGGCAGUGAUCUGAUGAUCAGUCCAGUCCUGAAACCAAAAACAUUCAGUACCAAAGCCUACUUUCCCAAAGGUUUAUGGUAUGACUUCUACACUGGCAACAUGAUUAGUUCAGCUGGCCUCUACAUGUUCCUCGAUGCUCCAUGGGACAAGAUUAACCUACAUGUUCGUGGAGGUGCAAUCAUACCAACCAUUGAACCUGAUGUCACUACUACAGCAUCGAGAAAGAAGAAAUUUGGUUUAUUUGUUGCUGCUGACAGUAACAGCACGUCGAGAGGGGAACUUUUCUGGGACGAUGGAGAAAGUUUCGAUACAGUGAAGACUGGAAAAUACACACAUUUAGUGUUCACGGGUGCACAAAACAAUGUCACCAGUGAAGUGUUGGCAUCUGGUUACUCUCCACCGACUGAACUCUAUCUUGGACAUGUUUUGGUCUGUGGUGUUGCCAAAGGGCCGCACCAAGUUCUUGCAAACUCUAAGCCAGCAAAAUUCAUAUGGUUUCCUAAUUCACAGGUUUUAAACAUCACCAACAUGGCUCUCAGCCUCACUCAUCCAUUCACUAUUACCUGGAGCUGAUUCCUACAACACAAAAAUGUAUUAUAACAAGAAUAAACCGAAAUUAAAUGUAAAAAAAACCAAAAAAAAAAAAACCAAAGAGAA